CAAAAUUGGGUUAUUCAUUACCCGGAUGUAAACUUCUCCAAAAUGGCGUUGGUGACAGGAAAGAUUGAAAAGGUGUAAAUUUUGUUUCCUGUGAGGUGUACAGAAAUAGACUGAAAAAUGUUUAAGAAGAAAGGAAAGAAGAUAGAAAUCUCUACACCAUCCAACUUUGAGCAUCGUGUGCACACUGGCUUUGACAGGGAUCAAGGGAAGUAUGUAGGCCUCCCCCCACAAUGGACUGGCAUUAUCAUACCAGAGGAAAAUGAUCGACGUAAACCCAUCAUAGAUCCAUCCACCAUUACACAGACAGAGAUCCUCCCUCUAAAGACAAUUAUCAGAGGUCAUUCCACACAACAAUUAAAUGGCUUUGCUCCAUCAGACAGUAAAAUUUCUGUGGCGAGGUCCAACUCUUUACGGCAGAGCAGCCCACCACCACAGAGACAGAGGUACGUUCCUGACAACAUGUAUCCACCUGUACCUGAGAAUGAAAUGCCUCCUCAGCGAGGAAUGCAGAAUCCUUAUGGACAGCGCCCAGGAUAUGGUCAGUCACAGUACAGACAGGAUGGGGGCACCCUGAACCGACAAGACCCACAAUAUGAUCGGCGUCACCCACAGGACAAGGAGCCCCGUAGAGAGUACAGAGAUCCCUGGGAUAGGGAUCCUAGGGAUGGGAAUCCCCGUGACCCAAGGGACAUGCAUGACCAAAGAAACAUGCGUGACCCUAGAGACAUUCCCCCAGAGUAUCGUGGAGGUCCUCCUCCCGGUAACAACUACAGACCAGACGGUACAAUGGAGCGAGAUAGGAGAUCUGAGGACAGUUAUGAUAGACGGCAAAAUGACUCUUUUGAAAGGAAACAUAACGAAUCUUUUGAUAGUAGGCGAAACAACGAAUCAUUUGAACGCCGACAUAAUGACUCAUUUGCUUCCGAUGGUUAUCGUGACAGACCACCUCAAAACAUGCCACACCCCAAUGCCAAAUACAAUCAAAUGCCAGCAAAUGGUGGCCACAGCCCCUCGGCCUAUCCGCAGGAUGACCACAGGCACAAUCAGUUGUCUAAUGGAAACUCUAUGCACCCUCAGGGUGGCCCCCAGCGACACCAUCCCUCACAACACCACCCUGACAUGCCGUAUGGUGCACAGAAGUCCACAGCAGGACUACAGUACGAACGGUCACCUAUGAAGGGCGGACCACCUACUCCAAACAAACCUUCCAACCUGCAGCCAGGUGCACACCCAUCAUCUCAGCCACCACACAAAUCUCCGGGGAAAAUCCCCCCCUCAAACAAAAACAACCAGCCCCCACCAGGUUCCAUGCCAGAGCAGCAGAGAUUGUCACAUGAUCAGUUCCGAGCUGCUCUACAAAUGGUGGUCAGCCAGGGUGACCCCAGAAAUGACCUUGAUCAGUUCCUCAAAAUUGGUGAGGGAUCCACAGGAAUUGUAUGUAUAGCAACGCAACGUGCAGAUGGUCAGAAAGUUGCUGUCAAGAAAAUGGAUCUGCGCAAACAGCAACGUAGAGAACUACUGUUCAACGAGGUCGUAAUCAUGAGAGAUUACCACCAUCCCAACAUAGUGGAUAUGUAUAGCAGCUUUCUGGUGGAAGACGAGUUGUGGGUGGUGAUGGAAUUCCUCGAGGGUGGAGCACUCACUGAUAUUGUUACUCAUAACAGAAUGGAUGAAGUGCAAAUAGCAACUGUGUGUAGAGCCUGCUUAAAGGCUCUGGCUUUCUUACACUCGAAUGGGGUCAUCCACAGGGACAUCAAGUCAGAUUCCAUCCUGCUGUCCCAAGAUGGCAAGGUUAAACUAUCAGAUUUUGGAUUCUGUGCACAAGUGACUCAGGAAUUACCUAAACGCAAAUCUUUGGUUGGAACACCAUACUGGAUGGCUCCAGAGGUCAUAUCAAGAUUACCCUAUGGUCCAGAGGUUGAUAUUUGGUCACUUGGUAUUAUGGUUAUUGAGAUGAUUGAUGGGGAACCUCCAUUCUUCAAUGAGCCACCACUCCAAGCCAUGCGCAGAAUCAGGGACAUGCCCCCACCUAAGCUAAAAAAUGCAAACAGAGUAUCGCCACGACUACAAGGAUUCCUAGAAAAGACAUUGGUGCGCGACCCUACCCAAAGGGCUACUGCAUUUGAACUUUUACAGCACGCAUUCCUACGGAUGGCAGAAAAACCUAGCUGUUUGGUGCCUCUCAUGAGGAGUUUCAAGCAUAGUCCAUGUUAGUCCUUCCUUGUCAUCCAUGGCAUCUAUACUCAUCAGUGUGCAAGGUCCUGUUGGUGUCGCAGCAAUAAAGCAGCUUGUGGUAUAUAUAUUCAGGAAGGAUUCACAUUGCUACCAUUUGACAGAAUAGCAAGAAAAAGAACAGAUUUACUGAAUGUUUCACAUGUCUUAUGAAUCAGUACAGUUUAUUCAAUUCGAAAGUAUGAAUUUUAAACUGAGGAAAACAGAAUGUACUUUACAGGAGAAUGGGAACAGAUAGUAAAAUAGAAAAGACUAGCUGAUUUUCAGUUGGUUAUAUGAAUUGUUGCCAUUUGUAUGUCAUGAUUGUUGAAAAUAUAUUUUAUGAUAUUGAAACCUGUAAUAAUUUGAAUAGCAGCAGGCUGUGAAAAGGAUUACAUAUCAGGGAAGUAGUUUACAAUAACAGUGAAUAUCGCUAUCAAUGUUAAACUUUUGUUAUACAGCAACUAAGUGUCACAUGUAUGUGUUGCCAAAUGUUUUGUUUUGGAUCUUACUAAUUUAUAGAUAUCUUUUAAUAUUAAAUAUUAUUGAAGAUCAGAAAUGCUGUUAAGUGAAACCUGACAAUAACUUCAAAAAUAUGAAACAUUGAAAUAGGAACUGUUGUAUUAUGAAGUGUCAAUCGUACAGGGAGUACAAUGUGUAUUGUAUAGAACGGAGAGAUAGUUAACUGUGUAGUUCAUCAUAUCAUAAACCUGUACAAUGUGUAUAGAACACAGAGAUAGUUAACUGUGUAGUUUAUCAUAUCAUAAACCUGUACAAUGUGUAUAGAACACAGAGAUAGUGAACUGUGUAGUUCAUCAUCUCAUUAACCUUUACAUUGUGUAUAGGACACAAGAUUCAUCAUCUCAUAAGCAGUCACCGACUCAAGAUAGUACAGAAACAUGGUCGGUGAGAUUUUCAUAUUCAGACAGAGGCAGCUGGCUUGUAUCGUUUCACUGUCACAAUAGUUGAACAGGAAGUGUUGUUGUAGAUAUGGCUUCUGAAAACUGAACUUUUCUGUACCACAUUAACACAAAAUUUAUUAUUGUUUCCAAUUUGUAUUGAAAUUUGAAAAUCUGUUUCGGUCAUGUUCUUAAUUUAUGUAUGUACCAAAAGACAAUUUAUAGAUGAUAUUACAAGUAAAACUUACCAUAUCUAGGCAGAACAUGUAUUUCUUUUGUGACUUUUUGGAAAUAUAAAUCGAUACCUAUCAAUUAAUGGUCAAUGUUAUCAACUGUGUUAUGAAACAAUGUGAUCAUAUUAGAACGUACUGGGCUGAAUCUCCAAACAUUACCAUAUCAUUGAGAAUGUAUAUUAAAUCUAAGGUACCGUUGUGAACUCGUUUUUAAAGUACAAAUGUACUGUAUUAACUAUUUAUUACUUUUCUUUAUUAAUAGAAUUCUUAAUAUUAUAAAAACAAAGAAAUAUUUAUGUGACUUCAAGAAAGGUACACAAUAAAAGUAGUUCUGUGUUUUAAACCUUCCAUUUCAGACACUAGCAAUCAUCUAUCUGUUGUGUACAAUUCAAACAGCAUAUCAGUCAUUUAUCAUACAUAUGUAGUCUACUACACCUGUGCUGUAAACUUAGAAAUUGUUCAAUGUUUUUAUAUGAAAAUGUGCAUUUACACUAUUUUAUCUUUACACUUGGUUGUUUCCAUGUUUUAUGUGUUUGUGAAUGUUAUACUGUCAUAUCAGCUUGUAUUAUACAUAUACUAUAUAACCUUUGUUGCCAUUAUACAAACUAAAUACACUGUACAUAGGUAUGAACAGUUGUCACCCAUAGCUUGUUGGCUUGUCUUUACUGCACAUAUCAUGGACAAUUGAAUUUGGAAUCGGCAUCAACAGAAAGAAAGAAACUUCCAUUUAUGAAAAGUUUGAACAUUAGGGAAAUAGUUUCUGUAAGUGUUAAAUUGCUAUUUCCACCUCUUAAUGUCAUAGUGAACAACAAAUCUGUCAUGCUUCAUUGUUUAUCUAGGAAGUGUUUGUUAACUGUUAGUACUUUGCUGUACACAAGAAGCCAGUAAAGGGAAAUAACAGAUUUUUUCAUCAGUGCUGCAGAAAGUGUUAUUUCCCAGUAGUCAUAUUUUGUACUAAGCUUUCUGCCAUCACUUAACUAAUGUUAAUGUUGUAAAAAUGUAAAUUUGAAAUGUACAUAAGAGUUUAGUCUAGUGUAUAUAGCUACUGUCCAUGUGUCGGAGAGAGCACACCAAACGAUGAUGCGAUAAUUAUAAUAUAUAUCCUCGUGUAAUUCAUCUAUUAAUAUUACACUAAAUAUGUACAAUUUAUAAUGUCUAUCAUUAAUCCAUAAGUACUGUUUUCUUUAUGUUUACGUCUUCUCUUUGUCUUCAAAUGUCAGAAGUGAAAAAAAUAUAUAUAAUGAAAAUUUAUAUUAUUUUAAGCCAUGUCCUUUUUUUGGUGGUCACCAAUUGCAAUGUUUCCUUUAACCCUUUCACCCCUAUGUAACUUUAGUAGACUCUACCAUACAUUGAUAUGGAUGUGUCCAUUAUGGUCUACAGUGGUGAAAGGGUUAAUGACAGAGCCUGUAAAUCCCACAUAUGACAGGAAACACUGUCUUCAAGAUAAUAUUCCAUGUUUCUUCUUGUAAAUACCAGUCACUUCUCUUGUAAUGUUUGCCUUGUAAAUACCAUAUUUCAUUUGUGAUAGCCUCAUUACUUGGUAAUGUCUGCUUUGUAAACUUUACCUCACACUCACUGAUCAUGUAAUUAAUUAAUUAGGAUAUCUUUUAGUACAAAAGUUUGAGAAUGUCAUGAGUUAAAUUUUCCACAAUUGUCGCAGCUUCUCUCUGUGAUAAUGAAAGCUAAAGCUUCAUGAUAUUAAAAUGUAAAACACUGGUCGUAUUCCAAAUACAGAAUGAUAUGUUGGAGUAAGAUAUCACCCUAAUAUGUUGUAACAUUGAGUGGUUACCAUACAGGAUAUCUUGGAUAAAAUCUAUUUCUUUUUCAAAUAAUGUCUGAGGUUGGGUUGAUGAAAACACAAGUGCUAUUAUAUCUGUAGAACAAGUACUACAUAGUUAUAAAGAUGUAACAAAAAGGAAUUACAUAUUACUGUUAGGAAUUACAGAUUGUUAUUAAACUGGAAAAAAGAUAAUUCAGGAAAAAAGAGCAUGCAUUAUUAUUUUUGUACUAUUCAAAGCACAUUAUAUUUGCUUGUGUAGUAAAAAGCAUGCAGAUAUUUAUCCACAGAAUUUUAUUUUAAAACAUACUUGGCAAAGACCGUCACUAUAUAAUUCAGGUGAAUAACAUAUUUUACCAGUAUGUAUUUAAAUAAUGACGUAGUAAACAUUCCAAUUUUUGUAUCAAGUCAGUAAUAUAAUGUGCUGGAGUAAAUAUUAUAUUUGGAUAAUGAUUGGAUACGUGCAGAAAAGACAUUAAGUUUUUAAUAUUUUUUUUAUAAUAAACAAGAUCUACUAAUAUUUAUUGUUCAUUAAAGAACUUGAAAAGCAGAGGUUAUAUUAUUGAAGAUUUAGAUUAUAUUUCAUGUUAUAUUGUAAUACAUUCCACGGAAAAAAAUAUUUACAAAUUGAUGCUGAGGGUAUUUAGCAUUUCUUGUGGCUGUGUAUACAGUAGAUAUCAGUAAGUGUAUAUGUAUGUUAUUUAGCCUGUCAGAACAAAGUCAUAGUCCAGCCAGGCUGGGUAUUCAUUUACACAUAUGUAGAUAAAAAAGAAUAUGUACUAGGUACAAUUUAACAUCAAUGUUGCUCCAUUAGCCAAAGGGAGAUAAUUAACAUCAUCCUGAAGUUUUUUUCUUGGCAACUAAUUAGAAGUACUUACCAAGACACAUAUUUUAGAUUAUUAUGAUUUUCCUAACAGUACACUUGUAGAUGAUUCUCUAAACGAUACUUAUCAUACUUGUUGCAUAACAUGUUAAUCAUUUCACUUGUCAAUUUAAAGGAUUGAUUUGUUCUAGGUAAUGCUGAAAACGAAGGAUGUUCUAUCAUUUUGUCAGAUUUAUCAUGGUAUUUGUAUAUUGGUAAACACGUAAUUUGUCAGAUUUAUCAUGGUAUUUGAAGGGGAGACGUCAAUUUCAUUUUGCUGCUUCUAUUCUCAAGUACCUUAAGUUACAUUACAAUUUUUUUCAGCCUACGUUUCCAUCCAGCAUUACAUGACUGCACAUUUCACCUUGUAAUUAUUCGUUUUUGAUACUUUCCCUGUAGAAAUGACAAGUACUUUUUUGUUGUCAGGAAAUGUUGUGAAUUCUUUUUUUUUAAUUUGGUACUUUUCUAUUCAGAGUUGGCUUUGAAAGCUUCCUUUUGAAACAUUUUAAUUCUAAGUUACCUAAAAAGUAAUUAUGUCUAGUCUCCAGCAUGAGCAGAUUUUAGAACAAAAUAUUGAUAAAAUUAUGGUUUUUCCAGACUUAAUUGUUUCAGGUGGAUGACAAUAAUCAUCCAACGUUUGAAGAACUACAAGAUUGUGAUUUGGUACAAAUCCUGAUAUUUACGCAUAUUACAAUCUGCCUGUUUUUUGCAUGUUUAUUUUCGGAAGAAAAAGAACUUUGUAAUAUAUUGUAAAUGUUUUUGUAAUAUAAAACAUUCAUGUUGAUGCAAUGUUUGUUUUUUUAAACUAGUACUACAUAUACACCUUUGUAUUAUCAACUGAUUAUAUACAAGAUGGUAAUGGAUUAAUGAUAUCAUUAAUAAACAACAAUUUUAUAAAAUUA